CCAUCCUGGCAUCUUAUGUGGCACACUCCUCGAUGAUGUGUCGAUUGAAUUAUGGAAUAAGAGCUUGCCUCCCAAGCCACUCUCAUAAUUCAAAUUGAAAAUAUUUUGACUAUAAAACCCAACAAAGCCAAAGAGUUCUCUUCACUUCACUCUACUCUAAUCUCAACUUCAAAUGUCUUCCAAAAUGUGUGUGUUCUAUGGGCUGUUUGUGUGUCUUAUGUUGGUGUUUUGCGUGUCAAUGACCACCUCUUCAAGGUUUGAUGAACUCUUCCAACCAAGUUGGGCUUUUGACCAUUUUGUUCACGAAGGAGAUCUCCUUAAACUCAAACUUGACAACUCUUCCGGAGCUGGUUUUGGAUCGAAAAACAAGUACAUGUUUGGGAAAGUAUCUAUCCAACUUAAGCUUGUUGAAGGUGAUUCUGCUGGAACUGUUACCGCUUUCUAUAUGUCAUCGGAAGGUACAAAGCACAACGAGUUUGAUUUUGAGUUCUUAGGAAACAGCACAGGUGAACCUUAUUCUGUUCAAACAAAUGUGUAUGUUAAUGGAGUUGGUAACCGUGAACAAAGACUUAACCUUUGGUUUGAUCCUACUAAGGAUUUUCACUCUUACUCCAUUUUCUGGAAUCAACGCCAAGUUGUAUUUUUGGUGGAUGAAACACCAAUAAGAGUACACACAAACAUGGAACAUAGAGGAAUUCCAUAUCCAAAAGACCAAGCAAUGGGAGUAUACAGUUCAAUAUGGAACGCAGAUGAUUGGGCAACACAAGGAGGAAGAGUGAAAACAGAUUGGAGUCAUGCACCUUUCCUUGUAACCUAUAAAUCCUUUGAAAUCAAUGCUUGUGAGUGUCCGGUAUCAGUGGCUGGAAUGGAUAAUAGAAAGAGAUGUAGUAGUAGUGAGGAUAAGAAGUAUUGGUGGGAUGAACCAAAACUUUCAGUCCUUAAUUUGCAUCAGAGUCAUCAACUAAUGUGGGUUAGGGCUAAACAUAUGGUUUAUGAUUAUUGUAAUGAUGCUUCUAGGUUUCCUGUUACUCCUCUUGAGUGUCUUCAUCAUCGUCAUAGAUUAUUCUAAUCAUGUCAAACUUGUGUAUUAUUAUUAUGGCUGGAAAUGGUGAAUGUUGGUGUAAGAAAUGUUCCACUUGUGUCAUAUUAUUGUAUGAUAUUAUUGGCAAACUAUAUAUAAUGUGGAGAGAAAGUGUUAAAUAAGGUGAUGUCAAACUUGUGUAUUAUUAUGGGUGGAAAUGGUGAAUAUUGGUGUAAGAAAGUUGGGGAAUAUGUUCCACUUAUGUCAUAUUAUUGUAUGAUAUUAUUGGCAAACUAUAUAUAAUGUGAAUUACUUGGUAUUUA